AAUGAAAAUAUGUUCCAAUUUUAUUGGAAACUGAGCUAUUAACUUCAACAAAUUAUAUUUAAAGAAAUGUUAGUUGUUUUUGCUUGUUGCUUGGGGGAAGCUUAAAGUGGGUUCACAACAACAAAACGACGUAACGUCCUUCUGUUGCCACGUCGAAGCUACCGUGUUAGCAUCUGAAAAUGAGUUUCUUUUUACCAAAAUUAACGAGCAAAAAAGACAUAGAUGAAGUUAUUAAAAGCGUAGCGGAGAAGGUUUUAGUUCUGAGGUUUGGGAGAGAUGAUGACUUGGUUUGUCUCCAACUCGACGAGAUCCUGUCAAAAACUGCCCAUGAUCUGAGUAACAUGGCGUCCAUCUACAUCGUUGAUGUAGACAAAGCUCCUAUUUACACCAGAUAUUUUGACAUCAGCUACAUCCCCUCCACUGUGUUCUUUUUUAAUGGGCAGCACAUGAAAGUGGAUUAUGGCUCUCCAGAUCACACUAAGUUUGUCGGCAGCUUUAAAACCAAGCAGGAUUUCAUUGACCUAAUCGAGGUGAUUUACAGAGGAGCCAUGAGGGGGAAAAUGAUAGUCCAGAGUCCAAUCGAUCCUCAGAAUGUUCCAAAAUAUGAUCUUCUCUACCAUGGGAUUUAGCAUCUUCACUAGUGUCCUCACUGGACAUGUACUUUUAUUGACUGAUAAAUCCACCGAUUCAAAGUUGCUUGAAUAUGUUUUGACUGUUCAUUAAAAGUGUCCUGGAUUUACAACCCUUUUCCUGAAAAAAUAAAAGUGUGUUCUUUA